AAAGUACCUCUCUACCUAUACUUCAACAGGGUCAGUCUCACUGAAACUUAAAAUCUGUUCUACAAGAAAAACCUGGUCAAAAUAGCAGCACACACAGUUGGCCUCCUGCCUAUGACCAAGAGAUCAUGACCAAGCACAACCAUCUCCAUCAGUGAUGCGUGUGUCAGCACGGAGGGUGUUAACAGGGCUCCUUAUCCUGGGUGGAAUCUCCACCCUGACCCAGUUCCUGCGUUUCUGUCUACCCUGCCGGCAGCCAUCCCAGGGUGCGGGCGAACCUGUGACCGUGCUGGUCCGGGACGGGUGGAGGGUCAGUUCUGACAUUCCCCUGGUGUUUGUGGGAGGGGUGCCUCGUUCCGGGACCACCCUGAUGAGGGCCAUGCUGGACGCCCACCCUGCGGUGCGGUGUGGGGAGGAGACGAGGGUCGUGCCCAGGAUACUGGGCCUUAAGCUGGGCUGGGCUGCUGAGAAGGAGGGGGUCAGCACCAAGGUCCUGGACCGAGCGGUCACUGCCUUCCUCCUUCAAAUCAUAGCAGGACACGGGGAGCCAGCACCUCUACUCUGCAAUAAAGAUCCCUUUACUUUGAAGAGCGCUAAGUACCUCGCUCACCUUUUUCCCAACUCUAAGUUCCUGUUGAUGCUGAGAGAUGGCCGAGCGGCGGUGUACUCUAUGAUUUCGCGUCGCGUGACGAUCGGUGGCUUUGACCUCUCCAGCUAUAGGGACUGCCUGGCCAAGUGGAGCCGAGCCACACAGGCCAUGCUGACACAGUGCACUCAGGUGGGCAGUAAGAGGUGCCUGGCUGUGAGGUAUGAGAGGCUGGUCCUCCACCCUCGUUCCACCCUGCAGACAGUGCUAAAGUUCCUGGGUCUGCCGUGGCACGAGGGGGUUCUGCACCAUGAAGAGGCUAUUGGAAAACCUGGAGGAGUGUCACUGUCAAAAACGGAACGGUCCACAGACCAGGUGAUGAGGCCAGUGAACUUAGACGCUCUGACUCGGUGGGUAGGUCACAUGCCCCCAGACGUAAUGGCAGACAUGGACGCUAUCGCCCCCAUGCUGGGGAGACUAGGCUACGACCCCAAAGCCAACCCACCUAACUACGGACAGCCUGACCCACAGUUCCUCAACAACACACAAAGGCUUCUGAGGGGAGACUUUAAAACUCCCGUAGCAAGCCUACAUCUGAACGGACGUCCCCUGAUGUCCAUGAAAGGUUCACAGACAGAGAGGUGACAGGGUCAGCGCCUGGAACAACGGUCACCCCUGACCUAUGACCCCUGAUUAUCCUCUCAGGGAAGACAACAGCAUCAACCAAAACGGUGGUGGCUAAGCACCAAGCACAGUCAGAGGGCAUAACCAUGCAUGUGCUCUAGACCUCAUUGAUAGGAAGAAGUGAUGUCCAAUGGAGAAAAGUAUAUUAUAUCGUUUUUUUUACAUUUCUAAAAUGUGUUUACUUACUUGAAUAGGUUCUCCCACUGCCUCCGUUUUUUGGGGUCCUUACAAAAACAAAAUAAUGGGCAAUCUUCACUAUAUUUUUGGUGAUAUCAAAGUGCCGCCAGGAGCCAUGUGGAUGAAUGGAGACAAGGGAAAAAAUAGGCUAUUUUAGAAUCCGAGAAUUAAUUACUUACACAAUCGUCUCUAACAUGUAGGCUCAGCUUUCCUGAACAAUCCAAUUACAAGUCAGAAUGUUGAAUAAACUUAUUUUUAACAUACUUUA